AAUUUUUAAUAAACAAACAAAAAUAAUUGAGCUACGUCCUUCUUUCCUCCUCCCCAUCUCAUAUUUAUUAGUCAGUACUCUUAUUAUUUAAUUCCAACUUGCUCUGCCCAAAAUUCUGCAAUCAAUCAAACACAACCUACCACCCACCUUUACCCGGAAGAAGGAAAAAACUCCCAAGCUCAUCAGAAAAAGCAAGGUUUUUUUUGCUUGUUUCAAUAAUCAGCGGAGAAGAAGAUGCCUUGUGAUCUGAAUCUCAAGGCAACCGAGCUCCGGCUCGGGCUGCCCGGCACAGAAGAAGAAGAGUGUGUGACAGAAAUGGGGUCAAGCCUGAAGAACAAGAACAAAAGAUCCCUUCUUGCUGAAUCUGGGGAUGAAGAAGACUGCGAAUCCAAGGCCAACAAUGAAGGUGCCAAGAACUCCCCUGCUUCAAAGGCACAGAUAGUGGGAUGGCCACCAGUGAGAUCCUACAGGAAGAACAAUCUGCAAGUGAAAAAGGCAGAUUCAUCAGAGAGUGGAAUGUUUGUGAAGGUUAGCAUGGAUGGAGCACCUUACCUUAGAAAGAUUGAUCUCCAUGUGUACAGUGGGUACUCAGAUCUGCUGAAAGCAUUGGAGACCAUGUUUAAGCUAUCCAUAGGUCACUACUCUGAGAGGGAAGGCUACAAAGGCUCUGAAUAUGCCCCUGCUUAUGAGGAUAAAGAUGGUGACUUGAUGCUUGUUGGUGAUGUUCCUUGGGAAAUGUUCCUGUCAUCAUGCAAGAGGUUGCGAAUAAUGAAAGGAUCAGAGACAAGAGGUUUGGGUGUUGGAAACUGAAGAUCCACAAGCCAAAAAAUGAUAGGAAAUGAGUGGAAUUUGAAGAUCUCUUCUGUCUCAGGCAGGGAAUUUAUCAAGAUAAAGGUUCCUUCUUUGCAAGAUCGGGUUCUCGGAUUUUCAAGAAUCUCAGCUUAGUUGCUGUGAAAUGUUUUCUUUUUGCUUUUUUGUAUCGUGAAAAAACAGUUUCAUGGAUUGGUCUUCUUCCACUCAAGAAUGGAACCAGAAGAAACCAGUUAUUGUGACAUUAUUGUUGUUCUUGUAUUUGGGUAAUUUCAAUUUUUUGGUCGUGUAAAUGUAUGUUAUGAUCAGGAUAAAACCUGCUUGGCUUUCAAAAGAUGCUGUGAUGUUUUGUUUUUGUUUUUGGGAUAACACCAUGGAACAAACCAAAUAAUCAGACAAGGUUGGUGGCAAUUGUGUGAACUAACAUAAUUGUAGUAUUGUACAAGUGAGCUGUUCAUGGUGUCUAUAUUCUGAGUAAUUAUUUUAGUGACCUAGCCUACGGGUUGACUCGGCCGGGUUCUGAUUCUGGGUAACAUGAAAAGGGAUUGGAAACAGUAAUUGGGUAACCCCAUUUGGUUUUAGUUCUUGGAUCGAUUCUAAUUUCAAUUUAGAAUGGGUGAGUGAGGACAAUCAAUUAUCAUUAUACAUUUAUACAUAGUAUAUCGUUCUAUUGGAUUUAGCCAUUGUAUUCUAUCACCUGUAAGAUGUAACCAACUUUCUAUCUUUACAUCUUAGAGUUAUA